AUGGAUUCCGACGAGAUCUCAGGGCAGGAUCUGCCGAAGCCAGAGAUAGAAGAAGAUCUGGACGAAAAAUACCCCAACAGACCUCACAACCGGGCUCCGACAUUGCCGUUCCACAAUCUGUACCUCGACCUAUUCAAUCCACUGAGUGAGCUCAAGAAGAAGCCUUCAGGGCCUGCUCCAGCUCGCCGAAAAGCUGGUCCCCAUGGCAAAGGUGCUACGAGUCUUAACCCGUUCGAGCGCCGGCGCGAUGUGAUUGAGCGCUUCAUUUCACGGUGGCGCAAGGAUGUCGGAGACGACAUUUACCCCGCCCUUCGACUGAUUCUUCCUGACAAAGACCGCGAUCGACCUAUGUACGGGAUCAAGGAGAAGGUUAUCGGGAAGAUGCUUGUCAAGAUCAUGAAGAUCAACAAGGAAUCAGAAGAUGGAUACAAUCUUCUGAAUUGGAAGCUUCCCGGUCAGGGUGCUACAACACGAAUGGCGGGUGACUUUGCUGGACGAUGCUUUGACGUUCUCUCGAAGCGGCCUAUGCGGACCGAGCCAGGUGACAUGACGAUCGAUGAGGUCAAUGAGAAGCUGGAUAAGCUAUCUGCUGCGCCAAAGGAGGAUGAACAACUGCCAAUCUUGACGGAGUUCUAUCGGCGGAUGAACCCCGAAGAGCUUCUGUGGCUCAUCCGCAUUAUACUGCGGCAGAUGAAGGUUGGUGCUACCGAGCGAACACUCUUUGACGUUUGGCAUCCCGAUGCCGAGAAUCUGUACAGCAUCUCUAGUAGUCUGCGACGUGUAUGCUGGGAACUGCAUGAUCCCAAUAUCCGGCUAGAGGGAGAGGAGCGUGGUAUCGCGUUGAUGCAAUGCUUCCAGCCUCAGUUGGCCCAAUUCCAGAUGCAUUCAUUCGACAAAAUCAUUGCUCGUAUGAAGCCAACAGAAGAUGACAACGUGUUUUGGAUUGAGGAGAAAAUGGAUGGUGAGCGUAUGCAACUCCACAUGGCGCCUGACGAUUCAACGAACGGCGGUCGGAAAUUUGGCUUCUGGUCGCGCAAAGCAAAAGAAUAUACUUAUCUAUAUGGGAAUGGCAUUUAUGACGAGAACGGUGCUCUCACAAGACAUUUAAAAGACGCCUUCGUGGAUGGAGUACAGAGCAUUAUCCUCGACGGCGAAAUGAUCACCUGGGAUCCUGAACAAGAUGCCAUGGUUCCCUUUGGCACGCUCAAAACCGCGGCGCUGGCGGAACAACGCAAUCCUUUCUCAAAUGGUCCGCGACCGUUGUUCCGCGUGUUCGAUAUCUUACAUCUCAAUGGACGUGAUCUAACAAAGUAUACCCUUCGUGAUCGUCGCAAUGCCCUGGAGAAAACUGUCCGACCUGUCCAUCGCCGAUUUGAAAUUCACCCUUACGAGGAAGCCACUACCACCACAGAAGUUGAAACGGCUCUGCGGAAGGUCGUCGCUGAGGCGUCAGAAGGUCUUGUGUUGAAGAACCCGCGCUCUCCAUAUCGACUGAACGAACGCCACGACGAUUGGAUGAAAGUCAAACCAGACUAUAUGACCGAAUUUGGAGAGUCCCUCGACGUUGUUGUGAUUGGCGGAUACUAUGGCUCGGGUCAUCGAGGAGGUGCGCUGUCCAGUUUUCUCUGCGGACUACGAGUCGACGACAGCACACAGGCAGCAGAGAAAUGCUGGUCCUUUUGCAAGGUCGGUGGCGGGUUUACUGCAGCUGACUACCAGGAGGUGCGCCAUCAUACAGAUGGCAAGUGGAAGGUGUGGGAUGCGAAAAAGCCACCGAUCACCCUUAUCGAACUGGCGGGUGGAGACGCCCAGCAUGAACGUCCAGAUAUGUGGAUCAGACCGUCAGACUCAAUUGUUUUGUGUGUGAAAGCUGCAUCUGUCGCAAUCAGUGAUCAAUUCCGCAUGGGAUUGACAUUACGCUUUCCUCGCUUCAAGAAAUUGCGCAAGGACAAGGACUGGAAAAGCGCGCUUUCAGUUCAGGAGUUCCUUGACCUAAAGUCCAAUGCAGAGCAAGAACAUCGGGAGAAAGAGUUCUCUGUUGAUAACUCUCGAAAGAAGCGAGUGAAGAGGGCUACUAAGAAACCGCUCACGGUUGCUGGGUACGACGAUAAUGUCGAUGUCCAGUAUCUUGGGCCUUCUGGGCAUAUCUUCGAUGAGCUUAACUUCUUCAUAAUGACCGAGUCGAGCGUCCCAGAAAAGAAAACAAAAAUUCAACUGGAACAGCUCGUGAAGGCUAAUGGUGGCAAGAUCUAUCAAACCAAGACAGCUGUGGUAGACACGCUCUGUGUUGCCGAGCGGAGAACGGUCAAAGUAGCUUCAUUACAAAAGAGUGGGGAUCAAAACAUCAUUCGACCAUCUUGGCUUAUCGACUGCGUCAAGCAGAAUGAAAUAGAUGCAGGCCUGCCGGAUCUUCUUCUCCCGUUCGAGCCAAGACACAUGUUUUUCAUGACAGAGGAUAAAGAGGAAGAAGUCGCAGCAAAUGUCGACAAAUUUAUGGACAGCUAUUCCCGUGAUACAAGUGUCGAUGAGCUCAAGGAUAUAUUCAAGCAAAUGGAGCAAAACCAAGAGCAACCCGACCAUGCCCCGGACCCAGAAACCAUUCAGAGAGUCGAGACUCGCAUCCAGGAAAAAGUAAACGCCGGCUACACAGUACCCUGUGGAUGGCUCUUCCGUGGCUUGAAGUUUUACUUCCACUCGAACGAGGAUCAGUCGGACGAAUCAGCCUCCCGAGAAAUGAGAAAGGAGGACCAACGCCUCCACUUCGCUCGCAACACAGCCCGGUUCGCCGGGGCCGAGAGCGCCAGCUCGUUGAAGAGCUCAGGCACCACGCAUGUGAUAGUCGACCCGGAGACCUUGUCUUCGGCGGACACAUCAUCUCUCCGGAAGUCUCUGGCUGAGAAGCCGGGUGCGAAAAUGCCGCAUCUUGUUAGCGUGGGCUGGCUGGAAGAAUGCUGGAAGAAUGGCACUUUGCUGGACGAAGAGAGAUUCCCGGUUCCGAGAUGA